CGCUCACGUUGACUGGCGUACUUUUGAUGGAAGGAGCCUCCUCUCCAUAAUGCCUGCCACUUUUCACCAAUUACACUUGAUUUGCGGAUUAAAAAGCAACACAUGUGAAACGAAGACUUCUGGAAAAAUGCUGACUGGUCACGCCCGGUGGUUUUCUCAUCACUGAGAUACCGAGAUACUGAGAUACAUGGAACGUGAGGGCUCGUUGAGGAGGAUUUCGAGGAGUCUCCACAGCAGGUUGAAGCUGGGCAGCGGCUCGUCCUCCAGCUUGACCGACCUCUCGCAAGCCAAGACUCCAUCUGGAGGAGGCGCAGAGAAGGUGGCGCUGGUGGACGAGGGCAGCAGGGACAAAGGGACUCAACAGAGAAGAGCAGGGGCCAACGCCACCUGGAACAGCAUCCACAACGCAGUCAUCUCCGUGUUCCAGAGGAAGGAUUUGGGAGAAAAUGAGCUCUUCACUCUGAACGAAGGCGUCAGGCAUCUGCUAAAGACAGAACUAGGCUCCUUCUUCACAGAGUACCUUCAGAAACAGCUGCUCACCAAAGGCAUGGUCAUACUGCGAGACAAGAUUCGCUUUUAUGAAGGUCAGAAGUUGUUGGACUCUCUGGCUGACACCUGGGACUUUUUCUUUUGCGAUGUUCUGUCGAUGGUCCAAGCCAUCUUCUGCCCUGUGCAGGGAAAGGAGCCUUCAGUGCGUCAGCUGGCUCUGCUCCACUUCCGGAAUAUCAUCACCCUCAACCUGAAGCUGGAGGAAGCUCUGUCGCGGCCCCGGGCCAGAGUGCCGCCCUCCAUCAUACAGAUGCUGCUCAUACUUCAGGGCGUCCACGAGUCCAAAGGUGUCACGGACGACUACUUGCGCCUGGAGUGUCUCAUCCAGAAGGUGGUCUCUCCUUACCUCGGGACCCACGGGUUAUAUUCUCAAGAUGGUUCGUCCAAUCAGCACUGUUCCUCUUGUCUGUUAGAGAAGCGUCCGGGCUGUCCAAAAUGGAGCAAUGCCCCCGCGGUCAAGAACCCAGUGGUACGUUCUAAGAGCUACAAUGUUCCCGUGCUGAGCCCUGUGGUGGAGUACGAUGUGGAUUCAUUUGUCGGAGGAGGCGUAGGUAUCAGGCGCCACUCUGUGUCAGAGAUAACUUCUUGCAUGGAGGAGAGCGCCUCUGUGGCAGAGUCCAGCAGCGAACACUCAGGUACUACAAGUCAGAACCCCGAGGUCCUGAGGUCUCUGGUGUCUGACUCCCCCGUCUCCUCCAGAGUUCUGGCCCAGGACACCAGCUCCGAUCACAGCCUGCCAUCCAGUCCGGACAUCAGCGUGGACCGCGUCCCCGAAUCUCUGGACUCGGAGCCUGACAGCAUCUUUCUGGACUUCUCAGAAGCUCAUUCUGGAGGUGAAACUUGCAGCAGACAAAGUGUGGCCUGACAGGUGACUGAUAAGGACACCUUAUUAGCUUAUUUAGUAAGAGGAAUCAACUAGUGGUAGCCACUUUUUUUAGUAAUUAUUUUCUGAAUCAUGGGACAAAACUCACUGGAACAGGUAAGUCAUACUAAUUUCAUGAAAUUUGCAAGUAGCCCAAAAUCAACUUGCAUUUUGGAUUAGUUGCUGGUUGAGGGUCAUGUACAAUGUCAAUUAUUAGAUGACGAGACUUGGUGACUUUAGUGUAAUUAAAGUAAUCAGUAUUUAUUUCAA